AUACAAUGGCGUCAGCCAUGAACCCUUUAUAAGGUGACUCUAACGCAACUUGGGUGGGACAGCCCCCACGCCACAACUAAGGCCCAAAAGGCUGAACUAAAAGUGGUUUUGGAUAGGCCCAAAAACCAUUAAACGAAAAUAAAGAAAACACUUCAGACUUUAAUAAAACAGGAAAAAAAAAGACUCGGACAUCUCAAUCCCUAAAUUGAAGUAAACUUAAUUUUUAAUUGAGCUUGGCCACGCCUUGACCAAAACGAAACAAAACUGGUGAUGUUCUGAAAUUAGGCUUCACCUCAUCUUUAGGAGGAACUUCAACGCAAAAAGGUCCAAACUUCAGAAUAUAUGGAGCUGGUGAAAUAGCAGGGGUAAUAGAUAUCCUGCCCUCAUCACCAUUUGCUAAUCAAGAUUAAGAAGAGGAGAGAGAGUAGCAUGGGGACACGUGAUACGUACGCAUCGUGGGAGUAGAUACCACGAGGGGGGGUACCAGGAGGUUUGGCGAAAAAACUGCCGGUGUGGGUGGCAAAGGCAGCCGACGUCCUUUCACACGUCUCCUCCACGUGGCCUCACCAUCCAUGUGAUGAUAGUCGCUAGCAGAAGUUACGAACCUAGGAUUUUAAUAUUGAGUGAGUAAACAUUGUGUUUUUAAAAUUGGUUGGACAAAUACAAUGUUUGCUCACUCAAUAUUUUUAACAAUUUCUGCUAUAAAAAAGGAUUUGUGGGGCGUGUCCCACCCAAACACCCCGUUGGGUCCGCCAUUGACUAGCAGACGGACUUUUAACAGUUAACAUUACCCAGUUCCAAUUAAAGUAACAUCACAUAGCUCAAACAAACCUUUCAUGUACAAAAUUAUAUUGGUCGUGCCGGGUAAAACAUGUAGAAAAGUUAUAAUGCUAUAUUCACACGUUACAUAGCCAGGGGAAAUCUUUCAUCUUAAGUACUUCUAGCGUGCUUCUAGAGUGACGGAGGGGAAUAAUAGACUAACUGAGAGACCAACGGAGGGAAGUUAUUACUGACACACAACCAUGUGACCAUAACCAACUGAGACUAGAGUACUCCUGCCUACUGAAAACACCUGCGGUUGAUUACUGAUGUUGCAUGCUCGGUCAAUCUUACGGGUGAGCCCAGCUGGUCAGAACUGACUUAACACGUGUUUUUAGACGGAAUUAGUGCAGUUUGAAAAAACUUGUCCACGGUGGUUUUGUGAAAAAAAAGGAAAAUCGGUAGUUAUGUGACACAAGUGCCUUCAAUGUGGUGGUUUUGCGCAAUUUACUCUUAACGACACGGCCACCAGUCAGAAACGAGCUUCAACGCGUAAAACAACCAAAUCAAUGCUAUCUGUCAAAACUUCCCCGAAUGCCAGUGGUUUUGCGAUAAAAUUAGCAAAAAACGGUGGCUCAUGAUACAAUUAUCUCAAAUGCAUUGGUUGUGCGCAAUGUACUCCACUGUAAUAUGGGUGAUCUGUGUCUUUUAUGUGUCACAGUUGUAAGAAAAUCACGGCACCUUUUGAGAACUCGCUAGAUGCACGUGAUUGGCUACGGAACUAAAAAUUAAAAUACAAACAUUAGUACACUUACCAAUUUUAUGCGAAACAAGAAUUAUAUUAACAUAUUUAUUUGAGAUUUUUUAUCUCAAAACUGUACAUCAAACCAAUCAGCUAACAUCAAACGAUUGUGAUACAUAUGUACCAUAUGGAAUGGAGUGUCAAUUAAAUGAUCGUCAAACAAGUCAGAAAAUACUGUGGCAAUUAAAUGAUCGUCAAACAAGUCAGAAAGUAGUGUUGGUAAGGUGAAUUGACUACCCCAACUCCAAUCUUUGUACGCGUAAAUAUUUUAAUCGUUGAGUAGACUCCAGGUCUCCAACCUAAGUCAGAUUGAACCAAAUCUCCAACCUGCAGUCUGCAGAAUUGCAGAUUGAACCAAGUCUCCAACCAAGGCAGAAUGAAAGGCCGUAGUAUGUUUUACCUCUUGUGGCUGACCCAAAAUCCAUUGUUUUGGCAUUUCCACUGCCGCGCGCGCGCCAACGCAGAAAACCGCGGGAAGAAUUCCCGCGACGGUACACAGAUACAGUCGCCCCUUCAUUUUCCUUGCCCCCUCAAGCCCUUCAAGGUUACGUUGGUCCAUGGCUCCCAAGCGCCGCCGGGCAGAUCAGCCCACGCCGCCGUCACCUACGCCUCUUCGGACGAAGCUGUCUCAGCGGCAGCCGUUGGUCGUCUUCGCCCACGGCGCCGGCGCCCCAUCCUCAUCCGAUUGGAUGAUCCACUGGAAGGAGAUGGUGAAAGAUGCCCUGGAUGCUGUCGCAGUCGUGACAUUUGACUAUCCGUAUAUGUCGGGUGGGAAGCGCAGGCCUCCACCUAAGGCGGAGAAGCUUCUGGAUCAUCAUAUCGGUGUGGUGAAGAAUGCUGUAGCAGAGCAUCCAGGACACCCGCUUGUUCUGAUGGGGAAGUCCAUGGGUUCGAGGGUAAGCUGCAUGGUGGCUAGCUCAGAUGGUAUCAAUGCUUCUGCUGUCAUAUGCUUGGGUUAUCCAUUGAAGGGAAUGAAGGGUGCAAUGAGGGACGAGAUAUUGCUAAAGUUGAGGAUUCCAACAAUGUUUGUACAGGGCAACAAAGAUUGCUUAUGCCCCUUGGACAAGCUUGAGCUCACUCGCAAGAAGAUGACCUGCCGGAAUGAAUUGCAUGUUGUUGAUGGUGGUGACCAUUCUUUCAAAGUCAGCCAAAAGUACCAAAUCGAUGCUGGAGUAAAUCAAAAUGAUGUUGAAAUCGAAGCUGUUAAAGCAAUUGCGCAGUUUGUCCAGAACUCCAUAGCAGAAAGCUUGACCUAGUCAAUUCCUUACGGUUUUCUUGUAACAUCUAAUGGUUGCUAGAUCUUAACAUUUCGGCUUUUGCAUGACCUAAUGUGUUCGUGUACUCUGUGACAGGUUAGAUUUAAAACGAUGCUACAUUUUGGGGCUAUAAAGUAAUCUUCUUGAUAUUAAUUUUUUUUUCCA